GGAAGGAAAGUAUGGACCUGAGAGGAGGCAGGCCUGCAGCCAGCAGCCUCUCUUGGCUUUCUGGGGUGUCUUUCCAAGCCCGUAGCUUUUGCUCAUCAGCAUUGACUUCCAAGGAGGGAAAUACGUAGUUGACCACACUUGGCCAUUUCCCAGAAGAGCCUCAUCCUGAGAGUGAGUGACUGAUGGGGAGCUGUUUCUACUGACAACAUUCCCUGGGGGUGCCCAGGUGUCACCACGGCCCAGGGCUGCCCUCCUGAAGAUGGCUUGUGCCUACCCUGGUAUGCAGCCCAGUGCCUGAGGUCCUUACCAUGGUGAUGAUCCUAAGGAGAAGCCUCGCCAACCAGGGAGCCGACUCCAUAGCAUGUAGGACCUUCAGCCCUGAACUGCACACGCCAAAGAAGAUGAGUCAAGGACCUACCCUUUUCUCUUGUGGAAUUAUGGAAAAUGACAGAUGGCGAGAGCUGGACAGGAAAUGUCCUCUUCAGAUUGACCAGCCGAGCACCAGCAUCUGGGAAUGCCUGCCUGAAAAGUGUCAGGACAGCUCCCUGUGGCACCGGGAGGCAGUGACUGCUUGUGCAGUGACCAGCCUGAUCAAAGACCUCAGCAUCAGCGACCACAAUGGGAAUCCCUCGGCACCCCCCAGCAAGCGCCAGUGCCGGUCACUGUCCUUCUCCGAUGAGAUGUCCAGCUGCCGGACGUCUUGGCGGCCCUUGGGGUCCAAAGUCUGGACUCCUGUGGAGAAGAGACGGUGCUACAGCGGGGGCAGCGUCCAGCGCUACUCCAGUGGUGCCAGCACCAUGCAGAGGAGCUCCAGCUUCAGCCUCCCUGCCCGGGCCAACGGGCUCUCCUCGCCGUGCCACCAGGCUGGGCUGCACCGCUUUGGGGGACCGUCCUGCCAAGGGCCACUGGGCUCAGCCCCCUGUGGCCAGGGGGGUGACAACUGGAUCCCGGAACCGCACCCUGUGGGAGGGGGCCGGCUAGACCUGCAGCGGUCCCUCUCCUGCACGCACGAGCAGUUUUCCUUCGCAGAAUACUGUCCACCCUCAGCCAACAGCACACCUGCCUCAACGCCAGAGCUGGCGAGACGCUCCAGUGGGCUCGCCCGUAGCCGUUCCCAGCCAUGUGUCCUUAAUGAUAAGAAGGUCGGCGUGAAACGGCGGCGCCCCGACGAAGUCCAGGAGCAGAGGCCUUCCCUAGACCUUGCCAAGAUGGCACAGAACUGUCAGACCUUCAGCAGCCUCAGCUGUCUGAGCGCCGGCAUGGAGGACUGUGCUCCCCAGAGCCCCUUCACCCUGGUCAGCAGUACCCGCUCCUGGACCGCCUUGCUCUCGGCCUCCAGCCCGGGGGGCAGGACCCCCGCCGGGACCCCCGUUCCUGAGCCUCUCCCCUCCUCCUUCGAUGACCACCUCGUCUGCCAGGAGGACCUGUCCUGCGAGGAGUCGGAUGAGGAGUGCCGGAGGGGGGAGCCGGUCUCGGCCUGGCGGGACCAUCGGGCCACCGGGAACAGCCUGUACUCCCUGGACGGCGAGCUGGACAUUGAGCAGAUAGAAAACAACUGAGGGGCCUGGGCCUCACCCAGGGUGGGGGGUGCCGAACCCCUGGGCCCGAAGAAAGCUUUCCGAGGGGUGUCAGGUUCCCCUGGAGGAAGCCCACCCCCCUGCAGGGUGAGGCCGCUGCCCUGUGGUGCCCUGGCUCCACGGGGGCGCGCUCGCUCGCUCGGCCAGCUUGCGGUGGGAUGCUCAGCUUCCACCCACCAUCAAGCAUACUGGCCAACAGGUCCCUGGAACUACUGUAGCCCAAGAGCUGCUUUGGUUUGGUCCUUUCUGCCCGUUCCUCAUGGGGGGUGGGCAGCCAUCCUGGCAGGGUGGGGCCCACGCCGCGGCCCUUGGGUGGGGCGUCGGGGGCUGCGCUCAGGGCCAGGGCCUCCGUGGCCUCGCUCAGGUUCACUCCGGGGAGUUGCCCGCCACGUCCUUUCACUCUGUUUAUUCUGUGCCUUCUCUCCCAGGUCUUCUCGCUCCAGGCUUGGGAAGGUUCGGGAGACGCCUCCUGUAGUGACACCAGAACCGUGUGGCCUUAAUCCACAUGCGGGCCCUGGCAGGGCCCCCCGG